ACACGUACACACUAGUGAAUCUCACCGGAGUUCAAGAACACGGAACACAGCGCAGCAGACAUGGCUAUGCUCAAAACAGAAGCUCAAACUGAUGUAAUCGAUGCUGAAUAUGAGGACUUCCUCUGUCCUGUGUGUUUGGAGAUAUUUGUCUCUCCGAUGACCACAGAGUGCGGCCAUACAUUCUGUGACAGCUGCCUUAAGGAGUGCAUGCGGCCUCAGAAACCUGUGUGUGCUGUCUGCCGGUCUGAUCUGCACAAGUGGGUUAUAGCAAAGAAAAUACAAGAUGAGAUGAAGAGAUCAAUUGCAAAGUGCAAAGGCUGUAAAAAUGAGGUUCUUUUGUCUGACAUGAGAAGCCACACAGGGUCCUGCUCCAAAUAUCAAGACUUUAUCAAGGAAGGUAUGAAGGCCAUUUCAAAGAACCAGCCUUCUACUGUCAGUUCAGUGCCGAACCGGUAUACGUUUGCCUGUCCCUACUGUAGCAAACAGAACUUUGACCAGGAUGGUCUGGUGGAGCACUGCACCUCAAAACACGCACACGACCCACGUCCGGUGGUGUGCCCGAUAUGUGCCUCAAUGCCCUGGGGCGACCCUAAUUACAAAAGUGCAGACUUUUUUCAACACCUCAGGAUAAGACAUGCUUUUUCCUAUGACACAUUUGUGGAUUACGGGACAGAUGAGUACGCCAUGAUCCAGGAAGCUCUACAGCGCUCUCUCUUGGAAAACUGAUGUGAGGAACAUACAGGUCCCCAACUGAACUUAACAUAACCAAAAAUCAAUGCUUAUGCUUAAAAAAAAAAAAAAAAAACAACAAACUAAAUUGGGAUUCAGGGCUAUUGUGACACAUACGCUAAUGUUGGUCAAGCCAAAGUUCCUAUUGGUGUAAUGUUGCUGACUUGCUUAUUUAAACGGAGUCAUAUAUUCCAUAUAUUCAUAUAUAAAAUAUUUCCAUAUACAUUCUUAGCUGUCAAAAUACAUAAAUAUAUUCUGCCAAUCUAUAAUUAAUUCAAAUUAUAUAACUGAGUUUGUUUACAUAGUACAGGAUGUGUAGCAGAUUGUCAGAUUUUGUGACACUGGAGCAGAACAUGAGCUUUUAAUAGAACUGUCGUGAGUGAGUCUUGUCAGAUACUUCUAAGAUAGAAAAUAUUGGUUUUGAAUCAUUAGGACACUGUUUUGAUCCUGAAAGUGUGUCAUCUAAUUCAGAUUUAAUUUAGAGGAAUUAAAGGAAUAAGCUUU